AUGGUGGGGUUGCAAAAGGCGAUUGCUACAAUGCUAAGUCAGUUUACGCUAACCGGAGAGUCCGGACAAGACGUGCGACCGAUCAUUGAUAUCACUUUGACGCUGCAAAAGCCGCUGAUGAUGCGUGUUCAGGAAGUGACCCUGAAAGCAACGCUCACUUUGCCGUCCGUUCUGAUCCACCCUGACUUCACCAAGCCGCUCCACGGCAAACGAGGCCACACGUUCAUUUUGAAAAAUCUCCCUUCCAAAGAAGCCCUUGCACAGCACAUACCUCAAGUCCCACGUCGCUCUAUCGCUGCGUCGUCGCUGCUCUCGCCAAAGUCGCAGCGUACUGCCACGGAGCGGCGCGUUCUGAGCGCUUACGUAGCUCGGGAAGUCUAGCUUACAGUCGCUAUGCACAACGGAAUGACGCGCUCUGCAGCCUAUCGUAUCUGCAAGUCUGUCGAUCCUACUCCACCUUCGCGCGGCGGUGCGCGCGAUGCCUCAACGAAGUGCACAGAUCAAAUGGUCACUGCGAUGGGGUCAUCCCUGGAAGAAGACUGCACGCAUUGUGUACUAUGACGAAACGAGCUACAAAGUGUUUGUAUGAGCUACGACGAAACGAGCUACAAAGUGUUUGUAUGAGCUCGCAAGGACGCGCUGUGAAAGAAAGCAUGCUGUCGUCAUGCCCCCCCCCCUCGCAGGGCAAUAAAUUGCAAGUUCAGUGCGCAGUAUCAACUGAAGACGGCCUCGAGCUGCACCAGCUUCGAUGGGAAAGCACCCGCAUGAAAGAGAAUGCGGA